CCAUGAUUGAUACGUAAGAAAUUGUGCUUACUUUAUAAGAAUUGUAUGGAGGAAUGGAGGAGUUUACAAUAACUCCGAAGUUAAACGUUCCCGGUAUGAAGUACAACAUGGAUGGGUGACCUUAUGGGAAGUCACAUUAUUGCAACCAAGGCAAGAACUGUGAGCGUUGAGACCCAAAGCCGACAAUAUCGUAGUUGGGUAAAGAUUCGAGAUGUUACAUAUAUAAACCACAAAAUAAUAGGACUUUUGCAGGUCAAAAUUACAAGGGAAGAAUUAAGUAAGUGUGGUUGGUCGACGAACCAACGACGAGAGGGGUUUUUUUCUCCACGAGAUGGACAAUCAUAUUAUACUUACGCGACGCGAAGUGAAACGAUGGAGGCUACAUUGAGGCGCGAAAAACCUAAACCUCAGAGUGAAGGAUGCAACCCAACGUGUGCCUUGAAUUCUUUUCGUUAAUCAUAUGGAUGAUCAUCUGCGCAACCCCAGAGAACUGAACAUUAGUUACAUAAUGAAAAAUACACUAUCGAAGAAGACCGCUAAGUCCAAGGAGGUCAAUGAUAAAGGCAUCAUAUUCGAACAAUGACAAUAUUAAAUAGUCAUAUAUUCUAAGAAUCUAAACCUUUUCUGAUAACUUGACAAGCAAGUUAAGUGGGAAGUUAAGUCCUCGAAGUCGCUAGAGUGUUACCUGUGAUAUAGCGACCACCAAUAACAUAAUAUCUUCGAUUGACUCGAAAAUAACCAACCAAUUAAUACCAAAGAAUUUCUUAGUUACCUUAUUAUUAUUAAUUAGUUUUAUCAUUAUAAAUUAGUCAAAAUAUCCAUAAUUCAGCUUUUCAAUAUUGUUAUUCAAUAUUUUACAUAACUUACGGAGGUAACCAAAAUCAUGAGAAUAGCGAUUAAAUAGUGAAAACAUCUUAGGAUGAAAGACUAGACAUAUAGUGCAUCGGUUUAACUUGGUCGGACUCAUAUUUCAAUUCAGUUAAUUUUUCUUUAGUCCUAUGAUAUUCAUGGGAUCAAGGACCGGGCUACAUUAUAUUUGGUUCGGUAUGGUCCUAUCCAACCGUUCGGUUCGCUCCACUGCAAUUUGUAAGGAUUAAAUCAUUUCACACCCCUAGUCUCCCACCUGCGCGCCCAACGCCAUACAAGGGGGUGUCCAACGGGUCCUGUCCAAUUCGGAAUGGACCAAACUCAUGAGAACCACGUACGGUCCAUAUAUAAUUAGUUCCAAACUCAUGGUAAACACAAUCCAUUAGUGAAAGACAUCGUAAUUAAUUAGAACCAACGACCGUAUACCACUAUUGCAUUCGAUCCCAUUUAUUCCGGUUUGGUCCGAUCCAUAUGUAAACUCAAUCCAUUUUUCUUAAACGAUUAUAAUACUCAUCAGACCAAGAACUAGAACCCAUUAUACGAACCAGACCAUUCCACACCCAUUACACACAAGAUAUGUGGUGAUUGUCAUACUACACACAUGAGUCAAGUCCUAUAAAUACUCCCCUCCCCACUUCAUUGCCUUUCCCUCCUUCCCAUCCCCUUCCCAACCCAAAAAGAUAUGAAGCUACUCAAAGGCGCCAUGGAGUUGAAGCCCCAACUAACCCUCCUCCUCACCCUAACCCUCGUCGCCGCCUUCACCGUCCUCCCUCUCUGCUACCGCUCCCUCGGCGGCCGCCACCGCCACUUCAACAACUUCUUCUCAUCACAACCACCGCCGCCUGAUCACGGCCAGGCAGCAACACCGCCGCCGGUGGCCGCCGCCGGAGAAGAAGACAAUUAUGACUCGCUGGGGUGCGACAUCUACGAGGGCGAGUGGGUGCCGAACCCCGACGCGCCGUACUACACCAACUCGACCUGCUGGGCGAUCCACGAGCACCAGAACUGCGUCAAGUACGGCCGCCCCGACGGCGGGUUCAUGCGGUGGCGCUGGAAGCCCGACGGCUGCGAGCUGCCCGUGUUCAACCCGGCGCAGUUCCUCGAGAUCGUGAGGGGGAAGUCGCUGGCGUUUGUCGGCGAUUCUGUUGGGAGGAACCAGAUGCAGUCCUUGAUUUGCUUGCUCUCCAGGGUGGCGUAUCCAAUUGACGUUUCCACCACGUCAGACGAAAACUUCAAGCGCUGGAACUACCCAUCCCACAAUUUCACCAUGGCCUCAUUUUGGGCCCCGCAUUUGGUGAAGGCCGACGAGGAAGACCCCAACGGGCCCACACAUACGGGCCUGUUCAACCUCUACCUGGACGAGCCCAACACGGACUGGACGGCCCAGAUCCACGAAUUCGACUACGUCAUCAUCAACGCCGGCCACUGGUUCUACCGCCCGGCACUCUACUACGAGAACCGCCGCCUCACCGGCUGCCGCUUCUGCCAGCUCGACAACGUCGCCGACCUCCCCAUGUACUACGGCUACCGAAAAGCCUUCCGCACAGCUUUUAAAGCCAUCAACAGCUCGCCGGGCUACAAAGGGCUGACGAUCCUCCGCACGUUUUCGCCGUCGCACUUCGAGAACGGGGAGUGGAACGAGGGGGGAAAUUGCGUCCGGACGCGGCCCUUCCGGCGGAACGAGACGAGGCUGGAAGGGAUCAAUUUGGAGAUGUACAUGGUGCAGAUGGAGGAAUUUAGGGUUGCUGAGAGAGAAGGGAAGGAGAAAGGGUUGAAGUUCAGGGUUUUGGAUACCACGGAGGCGAUGCUGUUGAGACCUGAUGGCCAUCCCAGCAGCUACGGCCACCUUCCCGAUGCGAACGUGACUCUGUACAAUGACUGUGUGCAUUGGUGCUUGCCCGGUCCGAUCGAUACGUGGAGCGACUUCUUGCUGCAGACAUUGAGGAUGGAGAAGGUUAGAUCGUUUCAGGAGAGGCUGCAUUCGAGUGACAGGAAGAUGAAGUUUUAGGUAAAUUGAGCUCUUUGUUACUGCAUUUUUUGCAGAUGAUGAUGAUGAUACUAUGUAUUUGUGUGUUGUAAAAUCUGGAAAUCAAAUUGGGUUAUCAAAUGGCUAUAUCAGUGUAAAAUUGGAAAAGGACUGCAAGGAACUUAAAGUGUAUAAGCACUUAAUCAAAUCUAUUACAACAGUAGGGAUAGCAAUUGUUCA